CAAUUUCCCGAUCCAUCCUCAUUGACCGAAGUUUACUAUCUGGGCGAAAUACUUGUAGUAGCGGUCAGACUCGAUCGCCCGGAUAACCAGUCUUUCGCGAUACGCUGCCUAACGCCGUCAAAUAUGGGCAGGAACAAAGCCCGCAAGCCGGACAUCCAGCUCAAGAGCAAGCUUAAGAAAGAUCCUGGCGUUCCUCGUCUCCCGGGCUUGAAGCAACGCGCAGAGAAGAAGCAGCAGGCGUGUUUCUCGCCACCGGCACGCAAUGACCCCGAUUCUACUAUGGCAUCCGAGCCCACUCUCUCUUCCUUGGCUGCGAUGGCGUCCGCCCAGCAAUCCUCGGACCCUUCGUCCUCGCAGCAAGGCCAGAAGACGAAAGAGCAACUUCGCCGGCACUACGUCCGCGCACUGCACAAGGUCAUUGAUGAGAGCGAUAUCGUCGUGCUGGUAUUGGAUGCGCGCGAUCCGGAGGGAUGCCGGAGCCGUUUGGUCGAAGAAGAGGUGAGAAGGCGGGAAGGCGAGGGCAAGAAGCUCGUCUUCGUGCUGAACAAGAUUGAUCUGGUACCCAAAGACAACGCUCAACAAUGGCUCCGCUACCUCCGUCACUCGACCCCAACCCUCCCGUUCAAGUCAGCAUCCAACUCACAGCGCGCCCACCUUUCCUCAUCGACAGCUCCUGCACUGCUGCGGCUUUUGAAAGCAUACAAACCCAGUGCAGCCCAAAGUAUUACCGUAGGCGUCGUGGGCUACCCCAAUGUGGGCAAAAGCAGCUUGAUCAACUCCCUUAAAAGGGCGAAGGUUUGCGCUGUGGCCGCUCAGCCCGGCCACACGAAAGAGCUGCAAUCGAUCCAGCUGGAACGCGGUAUCCGAGUGGUCGACUCGCCCGGUGUCAUCUUCGACGAUGACGAUAUCAGCGACGGAAAAGGCACGAAGAAAGGGAGCGUUCUCCUACGCAACGUCGUCAAAGUGGAGGAUGUCGACGACCCCAUCGCUGUCGUGGAAGAGAUCCUAGCACGUACGGAACCCGAGACACUGCAGAAGAUUUACAAUCUGCCGCAAUUUACGUCUACACUCGAAUUCCUCACGAUGCUCGCACUCAGCAGCGGGCGCUUAUUGAAAGGCGGCACGCCAGACAUCCUCGGUGCCGCGCGGCAGGUCCUCAAGGACUGGAAUCAGCAGAAGAUUCCGUACUUCUCGAUCCCACCGACCGUGCAUCCUUCCUCGGUCCCGACGGCGUUCGCUACUGCCCACGGCGAAACGUUCAUUGCUCCCGGCGCGGAGGCCGUUGGUCAGGCUCAGAUUUUGACCGAGCUCGGCAAGCCGUUCUCGCUCGACGGCCUUUUUGGCUCUGCCGACGCCGGGGCUUUCGACGACAGAGAUCCCAAUAUGCCUAUGGAAACCGACUUGGAAGCAUUCGCGGAUGAUCAACAUCCUAUGGACGAGGACGGGAUUCAAAUGGAGUCGGACGACCUCGCACCGAGCGUUCCGCGCAAGCGCUCGCGAUCCGCGUCCCCUUCACCGUCACUGCCACGCAAUGGUGAAACGGGAGAACCCGGAUUUGCGCCGUCCGACGGCCGGGGCGCCGGAUCCGAACGCGCGCCGAAGCGGCUGAGGCGGGAGAAAGUUAGGGACGCGCCUGGUUGGGAGGAGCGCGCGAUGGCGCGCGCGAACCCGCUGAACAGGAGGGCUAUCAAGCAGGGCGCGAAGAAAGCAAGGAGGGCGGCGGCGCGGGCGAAUAGGGCGGCGGCUAUGGGAGACGCAGGCGGCAUGGAGUUGGAGACGGACGACGGACUGAGGGACACGUUCAUGUUCAGCUAGGCGAUGUGAAAAUCCGGGGCGCGGUGAGGGAUCGUCGUCCGAUGGACGCGGCAGUCGAUGUUGGGCGUGGUUUUUGGUGGUUCGUACUGUGCACCCACCCCUAAUGCAACAUCGACACAAAUCCCUCUCCCGUUCCUUUCCUGCUCAGUUGUUCGUCCCGAAAAAAAAUCUAUAUACUCUCAAGCAUCUAUACAUACUGUAUGCAAGAGCUGAAGUGCGCGCGAGGCUUGGUUCAGGCUCACCAAGACUGCUCGAGCGAGUUGAUGCAAC